AGUAAUUAAAACAGAAAUAUGACGUUUUUUAGAUAUAAUGUACAAAAACAUAACAACUACAGAGCAAACCAGGUUUGUACCGAAGAGAUAGGUAUAUAGCUGCCCUUCCAACAAGUGGGUUUGGAGUUUGAAUAAAUACUCCAUUGCAGGCUCUGCAUUCACUGUAAAUUCAGCUUGGAAUAUUUAAGGAACUUCAAAGUCUGGUUAAACAAUGCCCAAUAUGACAGUGGAUAUAAACGGUACUAGCUAUCCAGCGGUCAACUACUUCAACGAGCCAUAUUUCCUAUACCCAAUCAGCGCUCUAUACGUGAUAAUCAUCAUAAUUUCAACCAUCGGCUGCAGUUUGGUGAUUCUAACUAUCUGCAGAUGCCAAUCGCUCAGGAAUUCAACAACAAACUUCUUUAUAUUAUCACUAGCAGUUAGUGACUUAAUAACAGCGACAGCUGCAAUGACACUGGACUUGGAUCUCUUAUUGCACAAUAAUAAAUGGCAAUAUAGUGCACUAGUGUGCGAGAUAUGGGCUACUAUAUAUCUAUCUACUGUGCCUAUAUCAAUAUUGACCUUACUGGCGGUCGGACUAGACCGAUAUAAGACCCUAAGCGAYCCAAUGAGUAGAUUCAGAGAGUACCAAUUCAUGACGCGAAAAAGAGCGGCCAUUGUUAUCAUAGUAAUUUGGAUCUAUUGCAUUGUAUUCGCGUCUAUUCCUUUUAUGGGAUGGAAACAUCAUCCAGUAAGUGUCCGCGAAGGAGAGUGUUUGUUCAACAUCACUUAUAUUUACUCGGCUACAAGUUCACUAAUGAACUUUAUACUGCCUUUGAUUAUCACAACGUUCUUGUACGGGAAGAUUUACCUGAUUGCGCGACGUCAUGGCAGUGAAAACUUCUCUCAAAGCAUCUGUUACAUGCACAAAUUACCCAACACAACUGAACAGAAAGCUUUCAUGAAUAACCUAAAAGCUGUCAGAACUGUCUCCGCGAUAGUAUGUGGGUUUUUGAUCUGUUGGAUGCCAUUCACAAUCCUUAGUAUUACAAUGUGCUUCUGUAGAGAAUGUGUCGAAAAUAUUCCUGAAAAACUAUACGCAAGUUUGUUGUUACUUGGUUACUCAAACUGCGCGCUGAAUCCUUUUCUAUAUUCAUUCAAGAACAAAAAGUUUCGAAAGUGUUGUAAGUUGAUGUUGCGUUCUCUGUUGCCAAAGCACCGUCCUGCAGUGAGCCGACCUACAGCGUUUGAGCUGCAGGCUGUUUUAAGAAAACAUCGUUGCUCUGAUGUACUAUUUGAACGUACUCACUCGCUUAAGCUGACAUCACUUUGUCGGUUCCACAGCGUACCAAAUGUGCUCCAUUUACCAAUGGAGAAGAACCUUGCUGUUAACUGCUAAACAGAGCGACAAAAAAAUAAAUAAAGAUAAUAAUUAAUUAAUGACUUAAAAUUUUAUCGUAUACAACAGUUGUAGAGGAAUUG